AUGUCUAUAUAUUUUAGAGAAUUGUUUCCUUCAAACAAGGUUGUAAAAUUUAGAACUGAUUUCCGUAAUACAAUUUUUGACUUAUUUUUACAUAGAAAAUGGGAGUUGACAAAUCAUGAAACUGAUUGGAAUUUAUGUUGGUCUGAAAAGGAUUGGAUAAAUGAAGUUUAUGAUACUAUAUGUUUUAAAAAUGAUCAAUAUGUUAAUCACUAUAGAAAUUAUUACGAAUUGACUCGUAAAGACCUACUAGCGAAAAAUAUAAAGAGACUGAAAAAACAAUACGAAAAGACCAGAAACGAAGAUGAUAUAAAACAUUUAGAUAUUACUCCUAUGACGUUUGUUCUACCCUUAGAAUAUAAAAUAUUUUUAGAAGAAUAUAAAAAAAAAAGUAAUCGCAUAUGGAUUAUGAAACCUAUAGGGAAGUCACAAGGCAAAGGAAUAUUUUUAUUUGAUAAAAUUUCUCAAAUAAAAGACUGGAAUAGUUAUCAUAAUAAAAAUAAAAUUAAUGAUGAUAAAGAUAAGGAAAAACCUGAACAAUAUAUAGUUCAAGAAUAUAUAUCCAACCCUUUAUUAAUCGGAGGGAAAAAAUUCGAUAUAAGAUUAUAUGUCUUAAUAUUAUCUUAUUAUCCUUUAACUAUAUAUAUAUAUAGAAGUGGUUUUGCUAGAUUUUCUCAUACAUAUUUCAAAAAUGAAAAAACUAAUAUGAAUGAUGUUACUAUGCAUUUAACUAAUGUAUCCAUACAAAAAAAUGCAGAAGGUUAUGAUGAUACUGUAGGAGGGAAAUGGUUUGUUCGAGAAUUAUUCUUAUAUAUGAUUAGUCGUUAUGGAUAUGAAAAUAUUACAACAUUAAUUAAAAAUAUAGAAGAAUGUAUUAUUCAAUCUUUUCUAGCUGUACAUAAAAUUAUAAUUAAUGAUAAACAUUGUUUCGAAUUAUAUGGAUUUGAUAUCCUUAUCGAUAAUAAUUUAAAACCAUGGUUAAUUGAAGUCAAUUCAUCUCCUUCAUUUUCUUCAAAUACAAAAGACGAUUAUACGCUGAAAUUUAAUUUGUUGGAUGAAUUGAUGACACUCAUAAAUAUUGAAAAGUAUGAUAUACCACAAAUUGAUAGAAUUGGAGAUUUUGAUUGUAUAUAUAGAAAUGGGGAAAAAAUACGAAAUCUGGAUCCCUACAAUUUUCAUUCACACUUAGGAGCCUAUUUGUCUGGAACAGAACAUUUAAAAAAAAUUGCAAAACACAUUAAGAUGAAAUCAAACGUUUAA